AUGGGGACAGGACCGGGCGUCUCCGGGCGCCGAGCGGCAGCCAGGCCCAGCUCCGAGCUGCCUUCCCCAGAUUCCCAGUCCCUCUGGGUCGGGGGUCAUGACCGCAGCAGCGAGAGCCAGGUAUGCCAUCAUGCCGACUGCCAGCAGCUGCACCACCGGGGGCCUCUGAACCUGUGUGAGACCUGUGACAGCAAGUUCCACAACACCACGCAUUAUGACGGGCAUGUCCGAUUUGACCUGCCCCCGCAAGGUUCCGUCCUGGCCCGGAAUGUUUCCACACGGUCCUGCCCUCCACGAACCAGCCCUGCUGGGGACCUGGAGGAAGAAGACGAAGGUUAUACCAAUGGAAAAGGGGACCGGAAGAGCGCCGGCCUAAAGAUCUCUAAGAAGAAAGCAAGGAGGAGGCACACGGAUGACCCAAGCAAGGAGUGCUUCACCUUGAAAUUUGACCUGAACGUGGACAUUGAAACAGAAAUCGUGCCGGCCAUGAAGAAGAAGUCACUGGGGGAGGUGUUGCUGCCUGUGUUUGAGAGGAAGGGCAUAGCAUUGGGCAAAGUGGACAUCUACCUGGAUCAGUCCAACACACCCCUGUCCCUCACCUUCGAGGCCUACAGGUUUGGGGGACACUACCUGCGGGUCAAAGCCAAGCCGGGGGACGAGAGCAAGGUGGAGCAGGGAGUGAAGGAUUCCAAGUCCCUCAGUUUGCCAGCCCUGAGGCCCAGUGGGGCUGGGACCCCUGUGUUGGAACGUGUGGACCCUCAGAGCCGUCGAGAGAGCAGUCUGGACAUCUUGGCUCCUGGCCGCCGCCGUAAGAACAUGUCUGAGUUCCUGGGGGAUACCAGCAUCCCUGGGCAGGAGUCCCCCGCACCUUCCAGCUGUUCUCUGCCCGUUGGCAGUAGCAUUGGCAGCAGCGGCAGCAGCGAGAGCUGGAAGAACCGGGCGGCCAGUCGCUUCAGUGGUUUCUUCAGCUCCAGCCCCAGCACCGGUGCCUUUGGUCGGGAGGUAGAUAAGAUGGAGCAGCUGGAAAGCAAGCUACAUGCCUACAGUCUCUUUGGGCUACCCCGGAUGCCCAGGAGGCUGCGCUUUGACCAUGACUCCUGGGAGGAAGAGGAAGACGAUGAUGAUGAGGAAGAUCAUUCAGGCUUGAGGCUGGAGGACAGCUGGAGGGAGCUCAUUGACGGCCAUGAGAAGCUGACCCGUCGGCAGUGCCACCAGCAGGAGGCGGUGUGGGAGCUCCUGCACACAGAAGUCUCCUACAUCCGGAAACUCCGUGUGAUCACUAACCUGUUCCUGUGUUGUCUUCUUAACCUGCAAGAGUCGGGGCUCCUGUGUGAGGUGGAGGCUGAACGCUUGUUCAGCAACAUCCCUGAGCUCGCCCGGCUGCACCGCGGCCUGUGGAGCAGCGUGAUGGUGCCGGUGCUGGAGAAAGCGCGGCGGACGCGGGCGCUGCUGCAGCCCGGCGACUUUCUCAAAGGCUUCAAGAUGUUCGGCUCACUCUUCAAGCCGUACAUCCGAUACUGUAUGGAGGAGGAAGGCUGCAUGGAGUACAUGCGCAGCUUGCUGCGGGACAAUGAUCUGUUCCGCGCGUACGUCACGUGGGCGGAGAAACACCAACAGUGCCAGCGGCUGAAGCUGAGCGACAUGCUGGCCAAGCCCCACCAGCGGCUCACCAAAUACCCACUGCUGCUCAAGUCCGUGCUGAGGAAGACGGAUGAGCCCCGCACCAAGGAAGCCAUCAUCACCAUGAUCAGCUCUGUAGAACGCUUCAUACACCACGUGAACACGUGCAUGCGGCAGCGGCAGGAGCGGCAGCGCCUGGCGGGGGUGGUGAGCCGCAUUGAUGCCUACGAAGUGGUGGAGGGCAGCAAUGAUGAGGUGGAUAAGUUCCUGAAGGAAUUUCUACAUCUGGACCUGACAGCACCCAUGCCUGGCACCUCCCCUGAAGAGACGCGACAGCUGCUGCUGGAAGGGAGCCUGAGGAUGAAGGAGGGGAAAGAUAGCAAGAUGGACGUGUACUGCUUCCUGUUCACUGAUCUACUCUUGGUGACCAAGGCCGUGAAGAAAGCGGAGAGGACGAAGGUCAUCAGACCACCGCUCCUGGUGGACAAGAUCGUGUGCCGGGAGCUUCGGGACCCUGGUUCCUUCCUCCUCAUCUACCUGAAUGAAUUCCACAGUGCUGUGGGGGCCUACACGUUCCAGGCCAGCAGCCAGGCCUUGUGCCGGAGCUGGGUGGACACUCUUUACAAUGCACAGAACCAGCUACAACAGCUGCGCGCACAGCUGCUCUGUUCACAGGAGCAUCCGGGCAGCCAGCACCUCCAAAGCCUGGAAGAGGAGGAAGAUGAGCAGGAAGAGGAGGGCGAAGAAAGCGGUACCUCAGCUGCCAGCUCCCCCACCAUCCUUCGAAAGAGCAGCAACAGCCUGGACUCUGAGCACUGUGCCUCAGAUGGCUCCACUGAGACCCUGGCCAUGGUCGUGGUAGAGCCCGGGGAGACACUGUCUUCCCCCGAGUUUGACCGCGGUCCCUUCAGCUCCCAGUCGGACGAGGCCUCUCUCAGUAACACUACUUCAUCCAUCACUCCCACCAGUGAGCUGCUACCCCUGGGCCCCGUGGACGGCCGCUCCUGCUCCAUGGACUCUGCCUAUGGCACCCUGUCCCCCACUUCCCUUCAAGACUUUGCGGCUCCACACCCUGUGGUUGAGCCAGUACCCGUGCCUCAGACCCCCUCACCCCAACCCUCACCCCGCCUCCGCCGCCGCACUCCGGUUCAGCUGCUCCCUCGCCUGCCCCACCUGCUCAAGUCCAAAUCCGAGGCUAGCCUCCUACAGUUACUGUCAGGAACCACUACCAGCGUCUCGCCCCCGGCUCCCAGUCGCAGCCUCUCAGAACUGUGCCUGAUCACUAUGGCCCCUGGGGUUAGGACUCAGAGCUCCCUUCAGGAAGGUGGGCCUGGCUGGAAUUGUCCAGGGGCGUGUGGCCCCUGCCAGGGCCCUCCGUUGUCAGAGUCUGAGAACAGACCCAGCCACAUGGCUAGGGGACCAGCAGAUUCUGCCAGAAGGAAGUGCAGAGAGAUGCCUUGUGGGACUGUGCCCAGGGUGCAGCCUGAGCCUUCCCCAGGGAUCUCUGCUCAACACAGGAAGCUGACCCUGGCCCAGCUCUACCGUAUCAGGACCACCCUACUGCUUAACUCCACGCUUACUGCCUCGUGAGUGGCCCAGCUAGGGGAGGGACAGAUGGCUCUGAUGGCACAGAUAGCACUAAGUCUUGGUAAUGGGGUAGUGACAGCCAUGCCUUCAAGUAUCGGCCUUUGUCAGUUGAAUGGGGAAAAACUUUAGACUAACAUAGUACCAGGCGCGGCUACCUCUAGUAGGCCGUAGUUGGAGGGGAGAGGGGACCAUGGAAGAGGGUGGGUUAGCUAGAACCAUUUUACGAUUGCCACCAGCCAAGGAUGGACUUUUCUCCCCACCCCUUGCAGGGAGGUGUGAGCAGGAGACCCCUAAGGGUGCCACUGAUUAAGGGACAGCAGAGAGCGCUGCCUUCUGGGGAUACGGCACCUGCUUCACUGCUGCCUCGGAGUGUGUGGAGACCAAGGAGACCACCCCCCCAAGGGCACCACUGUCUGAGGACAUCAGAGAGCCCACCUCCCGGAGGUCACAGCACCCGUUUUGCUGCUCCGUGUGUGUGUG